AGUUUAUGCCGAGCGGCCUCCCAACGCUUUCGACGACUAAAUGUCCGAAGGGACUGCGCCUCCUCGCUGAUCCGCAUUUUUCUACCUCCCCACGCAGCGAAGGUUAGCACCUUUCUCUUGCUUUCUUUCUGUGCAAUGGAAGACAGCACCUCCUCCGUGCACUACCACCCCGCCUGCGCUGCGUCGCCUUGCUGCGCAACUGAGGACUCGACGGAGCGGCUGUCCCUCCUCUCCUCACUCACCAUAACGGAUGGGUUCAAUGUGUGGACGACAGCAUGCAGCCCCACCAGCGCCGAUGCCGUGAAGGAACAUCGGGCACCCCUCAGCCCGCCUGCCCCUUCACAGAUCCCAAUGAGGCGAAAACCAGCGAAGACUUCACCGCCGCCGCAGGUGUGUGAGAACUACGGGAGCGAUGAUGAGGUAAACGAAGUGCUGUGGCAUCUUCCACCGCCACCGCCAUCGGUGCCAUCCGGUGAGUCUGCGCCGCCAUCGCAACGACGGGCCGCCAACGCAGACGAGGGUCGAGUCACUGCACCGUUAAGCAAUAACUCACCAGCGGUGAUAAGAGAAGAUCACCUGAACGAACGCCGGACGGCAGCUGCGGAUGCGGAUGUGCACCCGACUCCACGCCCACGGUGGCGCACCGUUCGAUCCAUUUUAUCCUCUUCCUCAUCCCAUCAGCGCCGCCGAUACAGUGUUCCGAAAAGGCAGAACGGUCAGGUAGCACGAGUCACGUAG